GAUUCAUUACUCAACAAACUUGACAGAAAUUAAAAAAUUAGUUAGUAGGCGACAAACUGAACCUCCAUUACGAACUAAACAGAAAGAAAGGAAAUGUAAAAUUACAUCACACGCAAAUAUGUCAUAAAACAAAUAUCAAACAAGAUUUAUGUACUAAAAUUGAUGAAUGAGUCUUUAUCCUGGAGCAUUUCAACACAAAUUUGGGUACUUACCUGUUCAUUUCAACACAAAAUUGAGAACCUAACCAAGCUUUACAAGAUAACGUCGACCUUCACUCGAUGAUAGCAAAUGGCCGCUCGUUUCGGGAGUGCAUAUACAUAUUUCACUGAUUUUCACAAUUUGCCCGAGACAUUUACACUCACUUUGUAGUUGUGAAAUAUUUGGUAAAAAUAGGUUAGCCGAUAAAUAACCUACAACUUCGUUUGCGUUUGCGAUACGAGGACGACCGCCAAAACAAAAGAUAAAAUAUCACUUCCGCUGUCAAACUUCGGAGCGGGAAAUUCAAAAUUGAAGAUGAGCACGUUCUGCGGGAAAAUUCAAGAAAUCCUGCAAAUCAGCGUGGAUCGUUUUGAUGGCGAAAACAUGCAAUCUGAAGCGUAUUUCCUAUCGCAUUGCCAUUCAGAUCAUAUGGUUGGCCUGUGGUCUUAUGAUUUUCAAAAACAACUUGUGGCAAACAAAAAAAAAUUAUAUGCUUCACAAAUAUCUUGUGUGAUUUUGAGAAAAAUGUUUCCUAACAUUUCCGAUUGCUUGAGAGAAUUGCAUUUAUAUAGCCCUACAACAGUACAUUUGACAAAAAACAAUUUUUCAGUAUCACCAAUUUCUGCAGGCCAUUGUCCAGGAUCAGUGAUGUUUCUUUUUGAGAGUGGAAAUAAGAGUGUUCUGUAUACAGGAGAUUAUAGAAUUAGUAAACACGAUAUUCAAAAAUUCAAAUUUUUCUACAACUCUGCAAAUGAAAUUAAAAUUAUAGAUAAAAUCUAUUUAGACACAACGUUUUUCCUGAAAAGUUAUAUGAAUUUUCCAAAACGUGAGGAGAGCUUGAAAGAAUUGUGUGAAGUUGUAGAAGAAUGGAUAAAAAGAGGAAACAAAUUCUUCAUUAAACUGAUUACAAGUGCUAAAUAUGGAUAUGAAUAUGUUUUCAACGAAAUCUUCAAGAACUUCAUUAUGCCUGUACAUGUGAAUCAGGAUAUGCACUCAUUUUAUUCUCUAAUUCCAGAAAUGGACCAGUCUGUUACAAUGGAUGGGUCUUUAACGCAGAUACAUUGCAAUUGUGGAAUAUCGUUCAAACAAAUGUGUAAUCUUGAAUUGGAUAAUUUUGUGAAAAUUAUAAAAAUUUCAGCUUGGAGAUGGAAACAAGAUGACUUAAAAGAAGGUUCAUCAAAGUUUGAUUCAGAAAUUCAUUAUGUAUGUUAUUCCACUCAUGCCUCUUAUGAAGAAGGAGUUGAACUUAUACGAUUUUUGAAACCAAAAAGUAUCGAAGCAUGUGUGAAACAUAACGACCCCUACGCCAACAAGGAGAUGGCAAUUCUUAUUCAAAACCAUUUAGAAGAAUUCAAGGAAAAAGAGGAAAUCAAGAAGACACCACAACUGUUUCCUAUUGAAGAUGAAAUAAGCACAAAGUGUAGGACUUUUGAAAAAUCCUUUGAUGACACAGAUAUUCUCAACUCUCCUCCUAGACCGACAAUUGAUUUGGACAAUACAAUAAGGGGUGACGAUAUGACAGAGUUAAAUUGUGAAAAUAAUUCAAAUGGGACUUUAUCAGCAAUAGUUUCACCAGUUCGAAGGGUGAAGAUAUCAGAAUUCCGACCUUUUGGUGAAACACACGACGACAGAAAUGUUUCGGAUUUUGAAUCUGAAACAGAUUGCCAAAUAGUAAAAAAUAUAACUGUACCAUCAACUACUUCUCGCAGUAAUGAGGAAAUGAGAGGAACCAAGGAGAAAAAGUUGGAAGACAGCGAAUUAUUGAGCAUCCUAGGUUUACAAUCGGAUAACUUUUCUGAUGUACCAAAAUCCAUAGAGGGCAUAGAAAAUGGGUCAGAAUCAUUAGAAUACGAGAAGAAAGACGAUACUCCAGAAAAUCUGAGGGAUUUAAUUGACAAUUCUGAAGACUGGAGUGAAAACAAACAGUGGGAGGAUAGCGUACUCCUGGCUAUAAUCAACACACCACCAGAAGCAUUUGAAGUGAAUGCUGUUAAGGGAAAUGAAGAGAACAGUAUCAUCAUGAGUAUAAUUGAUUCGCCUCCGAGUAAGAAAAAAAAAUGACAGAAACUUCUAAAACUUUACUGGAUGUAUAUAUGAUUUUAUACAAAACUUGCAUAUUCUAAAUCUUUUAUGGAUUCAAUGGCAUUUGUCAACAAUUCUUUGACGAAAUCUGUUAGAGAUGUUCAUGUUUCAUGGAUUUUCGCAGAGACAAAUCAUGUUUCUGUGAAGGGGGGCACAAAUAUCGAAAAAUAUUCCCCUUUGAUCACUGGAGAAUCAAAUAAUUAGGUAUUGUCAAAUCGAUUCCUUAAGGGGUCUUUACAUUAUUACUCCAAAAAUACUUUAUAGGUGUAUAACCUAUAUUAUUAAUGAUAUCAAUUCAAAGGUAUCCUUGUAUUAUGUGAUACUGCUCAUAGUUCAAUUUAUAACGUUUAGGAUUAAUAUUGUUACGGAUUCCAUUCAAAAUUGAUAAAAAAAAAUUGCAAAUAAGUCAAAAUCAGAUUAGUUUAAUGGAGCUGUUAGGAAUCACACGUUGAAAGGUAAAAACUCAUUAGUCCUUAGCUCGCACAAGUUU